AGUCUUGUCAAUUGUCGCAAAAAGUGUCUGUAACAUUCACACGUCAUCCGUCAGGUAGUUUUGGAAAAACAUGGAAAGUUUAGUGAGAAGUAUUUUAGCUCAAACGGCUGAAAAUCUAACAGAAAAUGCUACCAAUAAAACGGAGAAGCCUCCAAGUACCCCGGAGGGAAUUGCUGUUGCCUAUGGAUGUAUUGUUUUUAUGGCAAUGUUGCCCAUAAUAUUCGGUUCUUACCGAUCAGUUAUUUACCAUAAGGAAAAGAAACCUGAAAAAAUGACCAAAAAGGACGCAGCAAUUUUCCCCAUAAUGGCCUCGUGUGCCCUAUUCGCUCUGUACAUAGUCUUCAAGUUGUUCUCCAAGGAGUACAUCAACCUGUUGUUGACAGGUUACUUUUUCUUCCUGGGUGUAUUAGCACUUACCCAUUUGUUAAGUCCUGUGAUUGGAAAAUUAGUUCCAACUGCCAUUCCGAACAUUCCAUUUCACAUCAUGUUCAAGCAGGGCGAAGGAGACACUGCCCACUACUUAAUAGACUAUAGAUUUUCCACAUACGACGUUGUUUCAUUGGCUGCUUGCUCUCUAGUGGGGGCUUGGUACUUAUUGCAAAAGCACUGGAUAGCCAACAAUUUGUUCGGCUUAGCCUUUGCAGUCAAUGCAGUUGAACUGUUGCACUUGAACAAUGUAGUCACUGGAUGUAUCUUGUUAUGUGGACUUUUCUUCUAUGAUAUCUUCUGGGUCUUUGGGACUGACGUCAUGGUAACGGUGGCGAAGAGUUUCGAGGCACCCAUUAAACUGGUGUUCCCUCAAGAUCUUCUGACUAACGGACUAUCAGCCAGUAACUUCGCUAUGUUAGGACUAGGAGACAUCGUUAUUCCGGGCAUUUUUAUUGCCCUUUUGCUGAGGUUUGAUUACAGUUUAAAACGCAAAACCAAAACAUACUUCCAUGUCACGGUGGCAGCUUAUUUCAUGGGAUUAAUGGCCACCAUUAUGGUCAUGCAUGUGUUCAAGCAUGCCCAACCGGCUCUGUUAUAUUUGGUGCCCGCAUGUCUUGCUACUCCUAUGGCACUGGCCCUAGUUAAGGGAGACUUGACAGCUUUAUUCAAGUAUGAAGAUGCCGAUCACGAGAAGGAGGAAGAGCAAAAAAAGAAAGAACUGAAAGAGAGCAAGCAGCAGCCGGCAUCAUCGAAGAAAGAAAAAGUUAAAUAAAUAAUCCGUACAGCGGACCUGGUCCAUGAGACUCGUUUUCAUCGUUUAUUUCGUUAUUAUUAGGUAAAUAAAAUUAAUUCGUGGUAUCUACCAAUUCUCAAAGUUCUGGAAUCGUUGAAUAUUGGAUCGUAUGGGUGAUUUUAACAUGUCACACAACAGUUGCUGUAGGGGCAAUGGUUAGGUAUACACUCUUGUGUUUUGCAAAGUAACAAAAACGCUAUAAAGUGUUCCACCGACGUCAUGAACAUGCUACAAUAUUGUCAUAUUGCUAGCAUUUAAUAAAACUGGUAAAUUUAUUGAUUAGAUUAAAUUAAAAACGUCGUUUUUUAAUUUAUAUUAAUCUGAAUAAUGCAGCCGCCAGAAAGUGUAGUUCUCUACAUUGAAUUGUAAACUAACAAACUGGUCUUCCAUCCAACACGUUUAUCUAUAGAGAAAACCCACAUAUUUCUAGUGCUUCGGUGAAUGGCAUCUUCAAACGCACGUCAGCUGAUGGUGAAAAUAUUCAACAUUUCCAGACUUUCAACAGGAUUAAAGAAAAAUAAGACAUGCCUUUUAGAGACUGAAAAAUUUAAUAUUUAUGAUAUAGCUAAUUGCAUAAACAGAGACUAAUUCCAAAUAACUUAACGAACAAAUUGUCUUGUUAAGUUAUAGGGAAAUCGUUUUUGGGGCUUGUCUUAAGAAUUGCAUACCACAGAAAUUGUGUGAUUGUGAUAUACAAAACACUUCGAAAUUCCUUUGAACUAGCUGGUAGUAAGUAACAAGUACUAAGUACUAGAAUAAAAAAUCUUCCAAAUUUUAUAUUCCUUAGCCUUAGAGGUGAAGAACGCGUUUCUCCCAGUAUACUUGUUUGUUUAUUAAGAUUCCUAUUUAAAUAGUUUCUUUUAAUUUCUCUAUCAAACACUACAGAAAUAUAUAAAAAUUUAGUUUAAAAUUCGCAUUUCAGAUUAUUUAUAUUGAUAGCUGAUAUAUAGCAAAUUAUUGUUUUUUAUUUUCUAUUAAAAGUUCAACAAAAGCCGUGUUUUUUUUCGUAGGAUUGUAGGACGGAAAAUUACGGGGUAAUUAACACAUCAUUUAGAAAAAAAUGUUAUUGAAAAUGCAUCACGUUAUUACAUAAAUGACUUAGCAGUAAUAUCGGGCAUAUCUUUGAUUCCAUUCUUAUCUACAAUUUGCACCUUAAAGUUGGGCAGAUUGAUGAUCAGCCGUUUCUGAACCUCCUCAACGCACUUCUUCAUAAGCUCAUAGCCCUGCUCUUGGGUCAUUGUUUUCAAGUAGUUGCGGUCCAUAAUGGAAAGCGAAAAGAAGCCUCCAUAUCCAUGGGCAGCAUAAUCUACUUUGGCUACUGAUGCCAGGUGAUCCAUGUAGAACAGCUGCGGUCCUUCUUUCUCGUCAUAGCCGGCCAAUAGCAGAUUUACCAUGUAUGGAGACUAAUACAAAAAAAGCAUGUUUUAGGCAAUAACUGUCAUAGUUCCAAGGUGAUUUUUUGCUUUGUAUAAUGAUAAGUUUGAAGUUUCCUUAACAUCGUUUAAGUAUUAUUUCCUUAGUAAACUGUAGUUUUCUUGGCAAUUAAAAGGCUUUAUAUCA